GCGGAACAAACCGGUGUGCGCGGCUACAUGCUGUAAACUGCUCGUCCGCACUGCAGAUUAUUAACUCUCAGUUUGCCGGGGAGAUGCUUCCAGACAAGAAGGAAGGCGGUGCUCUCAGCAUCUCUUGGUCACCUCCCAGGGGAUCUGAAGGACACAUUCCAAACUAAGAGCACACUUACACAGUGUGAACUGAAGCAGUGGCGGCUGGAUGCAAGAGAAGGAAGAGGAUGCAUGUGCUCUUGAACAUCAUGUGUGCUGUCUCUAACAUGGAACUGCAAGAUCGUCACGCUUUGGAGUAAAGCAGAAAACAAAGCAAUACCAGCUUAUUUCCCAUCUAUGGCGACAGAGGCUCCGGUUGCCCACGGUUUUCUGUGUGGGUGUUUAUCAGACUGUGGUUUUUAAGUGCACUUGGAAGGGUGUGGUCGUCCCCUACAGCCUAGACAGGGUCGUAGUGCGUGUCAUUUCUUUCCCAGAUGCAGAACGUCCUUGACCAAAACUUAGACAUGGCUACUGCUCUACUAGCUGGUGAGAAACUGAAGGAGCUCAUCCUGCCGGGCUCUUCUCAAGAUGAAAAAGGCGGCGCGUUGGCCUCACUGAUGGUGCAGCUUAAACUGGAGCUGCCCUUCGAUCGGGUUGUCACCAUAGGUACGGUGAUCAUCCCCAUCCUGCUGGUCACCCUUGUCUUCACCAGGAAUUUUGCAGAGGAGUCCAUAUACUGUUACACACCCCACAACUUCACCCGAGACCAGGCCCUGUAUGCGAGAGGCUACUGCUGGACAGAGCUGCGUGAUGCAAGACUUGGUGCGGACUCUCACCUCUGUCCUUCACUGUUUGAGCACAAGUUCUUGCCCUACGCCCUGUUGGCCUUCGCCGGCAUCAUGUACAUCCCGGCUCUGGGCUGGGAGUUUCUGGCCUCGACUCGGCUUACGUCGGAACUUAAUUUCCUGCUUCAAGAGAUUGAUAACUGCUAUCACCGAGCUGCUGAGGGCCGCGCCCCCAAGAUUGAGAAGCAGAUCCAAUCCAAAGGACCUGGCAUCACUGAGCGAGAGAGGCGAGAGAUCAUAGAGAAUGCUGAGAAGGAGAAGAGUCCCGAGCAAAAUCUCUUUGAGAAGUAUUUAGAAAGACGAGGCGAAAGCAACUUUUUGGCUAAGAUUUACUUGGCACGUCACUUGGCUAUAAUCUGCCUCAGCUCUAUCCCCAUUUCCUACCUGAGCACCUACUAUGCCCGACAAAGGCAGAAUGAGUUUACCUGUUCCCUAGGCGAGCUCCCAGACAUUAGCAGCUAUCCAGAGCUUAAACUACGGGUAAACUGCAAGCUGCCGGCUGUGCAGCUGCAAAGAAUCAUGGCGGCAGUUGACCUGGCGCUACUCUGCACUAUGAACCUCAUUAUCCUGCUUAAUCUGCUGCAUUUGUUUGUGGUGCGUAAAUCUAACUUUGUAUUUGACAAACUUCACAAAGUAGGUAUCAAAACACGGCGGCGUUGGCAGAAGUCUCAGUUCUGUGACAUCAAUAUCCUGGCCAUGUUCUGCAACGAGAACAGGGACCACAUCAAGUCUCUCAACAGGCUGGACUUCAUCACCAACGAGAGUGACCUCAUGUAUGAUAAUGUGGUCCGGCAGCUGUUGGCUGCGCUGGCACAGUCCAACCAUGAUGCAACACCGACUGUAAGGGACUCGGGAAUCCAAACAUUGGAUCCCAACAUGGAUCCCUCAGAUCUUGGAGUGGGCGAGAUCGCUUCAGAGCCACUGGUCAUCAAACGACCACGCAAGAAGAUUAAAUGGAUCCCAUCCUCCAAUCCUCUUCCACAAUCAUUCAAGGAACCUCUUACUCUGAAUCGUUUGGAGAAUAAUGCCAAGCCUGAAAAACCUAAACCACUCCGGAGAAAGACUGUAGCAGACAGCUUUAUUGCACCCCUUCAGGAUAGCAAGAGCACACAGCAUCCUGCAACAAAAGAUAUAAGCGGAAUAGAGAAAAAGCACGCAAGGAACUUUUCUCUGGAUGUUCACCCAUACAUGCUGACCAUUCGUAAACCCAAGGUGGAGACCACAACAACAAACCCUCUGCCAUCAGAGCACAACAUGGAUGCAGUAUACCUUGAAGGCACACACACUAUUGUUCACGUUUCUGGUGCAAUUACAGAGACUAAAGUUUGCUCUCCAGAAUCGACUGCUGCUGCCUUUUCUACGUUGACCCUGCCCACCAGCACAUUUGUAAAUGGCGGUAGCCCAAACCCACCCUCCAGUGAGGACCUCCUCAGUCCCAAACCCUCUCCUCCUCUUCCUCCAAGGGAGCCUAUUACGCAGGCUGAGAAUCUUGGGUCUCAGCCACCGACUCUCACCAGAGCCCCGACACACCAGCUGCUGAGUAUUCACCAUACACUAUUCGAGGAAGAAGAGGAUGAGAAAAAACGUAGAGACAGGCUAGCAGGGCGACCCGGGGAACUCAUAGCUGCAGGGGAAUGUUAAAGCAAAAUAUGCACAAUUUCCUCCUUGAAUGGUUUCUACUCACCACAGUUCUCUGUUCACAAGCACCUGUACUAUCAUGAAGUCACACUAGGAAAGCAGUGAGCAGAAUUAAAAUGGACUAUUAAUGUGAUCAAAGAGAAGCAUGGUAAUGUUGGCCAGAGUAUCAACAUCGGAAAUUAUGUCACAUUCAUAUCUCAGGAUGACUGUGACCAACUCAUUGCCCUCUAAAGAAACCAGCAGUGAUCAAAUUCAACAGGGUGCUGCAGAGCAAGGGUCAAACAGUUACUGAUGAAUGGUGAUAAGGGUGAACUUUCUUCAAACACUUCUCAACACAUAUCUGACUGUAUGUGUCUUUCAAAAAAAAAAAUGGUGAAAUGCAUAUAACGAUUUGUCCCUUUAUUACAGUAGAGAGGUAGUUCACGCAAUACAGUCGUUGAGAUCUGCACAAGUAAUAUGCAAAAGAUCACAAUAUAGUUGUGGCAAUAAUGUUUGCGCUUACCACAUCGUACUGUACUGUAUGUCACAGUAGGCUACAUACAUGCAUAGGCAGUGUAUAUGAUGAUGUGUUUGUGAAUUGUUUAAGCUAUACAAAUGUAUCAUGGCUUUGUUAUUGCUCUUUCUUCACAAAUAAGGAUUCAGAGAUUGAUGCAACUUUUUUCACGCGCCAUUAUGGAAUGUCGUUUUGUAAUGCAGGAAGAGAAUAAGCGUCAACUUUACGACAAAAUAUUGUAUAGGGAAGGUUUGAGGGCAAAGGUAAGUUUUCGUUUUUUUUCUGAUGCAACAUCGAGGAAUUUCCUAGACAUUGAGUUUCAAGUGACCUAAAUGGCAUUACUAGGAAGGUUAAUGUACAUUAGAUGACAUUUUAAAAGGAGUCAUACAAUAUGAAGUGGAAAAAAAGGGGAAAGUAGUGGGAAGCAGCAAAUAUUUUUGAUGGUUACCUAACCUAAAUGUGUCUGUGUAAAUCAGCCUCACAACAUUCACCAAAUCAUCAAAAUCAUGGAAGAAUGAAUAGAGGGUUUGAUUUGUUGUUUGUAUUUUCAGGUACUGUUCCAGUAGGGCUACAAUAGCACUUUACACUAUAGUGAGUACGCAAAUGGAUAGGGAGUUCUGAAUCAACAAUUUAUUGUGUGUAGAGUGUUUUUCAUAUCUUGGCUUGUCAAUGAAUGAAUUCAUUACCCCCUUAGAUUUGCAAUUAAGCCUGAUUGAUAAUACAUUGUCAUUAUCUUGUAUAAUACAUCAAAAAGCACUUUAAAAAGGCUUGACGCACGAGUAAGACACUAAGUUUUUUGAGGGAAAAAAACAGUUUCUGCAGAUGUGAUCAUAAAUAGAGUGUAGAUUGUAACAUGUUAGACUGAACACAAAUUAAAAUGA